AGUGUCGAGAAGGCUUCGGUCACGUGGUGCUCGUCCUUGGGGUACCACAGCCAGACACAGCCCCAGCAUGCCACCACCACCGCCACCACUUCGGAGAUCAGCUGCUACAGGCCAUUGUUCGACGGAGACAUAGACAGCGACGAUGACAGUGCUUGGGGGUUGGAUGAGUGGCCCCUGGAUCGGCCGCUGCCACUGCCGGAGUGGGGAUGUGGACGGCCAUCACUAGCCUUUGCCUCAUUACGCGACUACAAGAGUUUCCUGAGCAGAGUCACAAGCCGCCAGCGCCGCGCCCUCGCCCUUCAGCCCUACGACUCCGUGUCCAAUUUUAUCGCGUUCUCAGAAGAAUACAUGGCGUCGGAAUUCACCAACUUGCAGGAAUUUUACCGCUACUACGACCCGCCGCUGGUGUCUGGCCGGUACUCCUGCGUGGGUCUCGCUGCCGAUCUCGCCUCCCGCCUCGCCGACCUCGAGGGGCACUACCCAGGCUUCAAGGACGCCAUCUACCCGGUAUCUUGCGAGGAAGAUGUCAAGGAAGAUUACUUCAAGAGUGUAAUCUCCUCAGGGCAGGUUACCCCGACCAAAUGCAUUAAAGAACACAUGCUUCUGUGUGUGCGUAUAUGUGUAGAGGGACGUGCUGGGGUUGCGCUUUUAGAUCCGGGUUACCACUUAUCUCAUCCUGUCACCGUGAUGGAAGAUGGACUGCCCCCUCACUCCGGCCCGGUCAACGCCGCCACCGCUCGUUCUGGUGUUGUCAGAACCUUCAGGUAUUACUUUCCUCCGUCCUCCUCCUCCUCCUCCUCCUCCUCCUCCUCCUCCUCCUCCUCUUCCCCACCCUUCGUCAUCUGGGAAGUGGAGGAAAACAGGAAUGGAAGCAUCAAGUUGUUCAAGAGCAUUAUCCACGUCUCCCGCCCGUUCCUCUCUGGAGUGGAUGUGACGGAAAGACGCAACUUGGCCUUCUACUUCAGGAUAUUGCUGGGACGUGACGCCUCGGGGAAGUUCACGACGGGUUUGUAUUUUCAUAUCAAUCCGGCACCCGCCUCCACCACCAUCACAUUCCUCCACAAGGUUGACGGGGAAAUGAAGCACGUCAAGAAGCUUAUUGAUUACUUCCUCCCGCACUACGCAGAGAAGGAAUUGGGGAAGAAAAGAAAGGAAGUAAAAGAAGGACAGGAACUGACUGAAAUACGCAGUGUAGAACAGGAAGCAUGGAAGAGCGAGAAAGAUGAUAACAACAAGAAGAAUGAAGAGAAGCUUGACGAGGAGGUGGAACGCGCAGUGAUGGCAGUUGAAGAUGGCUUGGGGCGAGCACGGGGUGAGGUGCGAGGUGCUCUGGUCACUUUGGCCUGCUUCCUGCAUGAUGAAGAGUACUCUGCUGAAGUUUCCAAGCUCAAUAAUUAUAUAGAAACCUUACGAAGGGCUUGAAACACACACACACACACACACACACACACACACACACACACGCACACACACAUACACACACACACACACACACACACACACACACA